GCUGCCAGGACAGGCACAGGCAAGAACCUCUGACCAGCUACCUCUUCCAGCUCAGAGUAAUGGAGGCCAGUGAUUUCUCCCGGGUGGACUCUGAGUUCCGAUACAUCCUCUUCCCGAUUGUUUACACCAUCAUCUUUGUGUUGGGUAUUGUCGCCAAUGGCUACGUGCUCUGGGUCUUUGCCCGUCUGUACCCUGCCAAGAAACUCAAUGAGAUAAAGAUCUUCAUGGUGAACCUCACCGUGGCUGACCUGCUCUUCUUGGUCACCCUGCCACUGUGGAUCACCUACUACUACAACCGGGGCAACUGGAUUCUACCCAAAUUCCUGUGCAAUGUGGCUGGUUGCCUCUUCUUCAUCAACACCUACUGCUCUGUCGCCUUCCUGGGCGUCAUCACUUACAACCGCUACCAGGCGGUGACACGGCCCAUUAAAACUGCUCAGGCCACCACCCGCAAGCGUGGCAUCACUUUGUCCCUGAUCAUCUGGGUGGCCACUGUGGCUGCUGCAUCCUACUUCCUUAUCAUGGACUCCACCAACACGGUGUCCAACAAGCCUGGCGUAAACAACGUCACCGUCACCCGCUGCUUCGAGCACUAUGAAGAGGGCAGUGUCCCGGUCCUCAUCAUCCACAUCUUCAUCGUGUGCAGUUUUUUUGUUGUCUUCCUCAUCAUCCUCUUCUGCAAUCUCUUCAUCAUCCACACGCUGCUCACGCAGCCAGCACACGUACAGCGCAAUGCUGAGGUCAAGCGCCGGGCUCUGUGGAUGGUCUGCACGGUCUUGGCUGUGUUUGUCAUCUGCUUCGUGCCCCACCACAUGGUGCAGCUGCCCUGGACCCUGGCCGAGCUGGGCUUCCAGAACAACACGUUCCACCAGGCAAUUAACGAUGUGCAUCAGGUCACGCUCUGCCUCCUUAGCACCAACUGUGUCUUAGACCCCGUCAUCUACUGCUUCCUCACCAAGAAGUUCCGCAAGCACCUUACUGAGAGGUUCUACAGCAUGCGGAGCAGUCGGAAGUGCUCCCGGGCCACCAUCGACACUGGCACUGAAGUCGUCGUGCCACUCAACUAGGUGCCGGUCAAUUUCCUCAAACAUUAGUGCCCCAUCGUUGGAAACAGGCCCAAAGGUUUCAUGGCCCAGGGGUAUCACGGACUGACUCGAGGGCAGAAGAGCUAUGUGCUGUGCUCUGGGCUGUGGUUUGUGCACUUCCUUCCAGGACUCUGAUGGCCCGAUAGAUAUGCAGGCAACCUCACCAAGGCCCAACUGAUGUCAGCAAGGCCCAGAGCCUCCCAGGGAAGCAUGCCCUUGGGCUGCAAAGUGCUGCCUCUGCUGAGGCCAUGGAAUGGAAGGAGCUGGCCAGUGUCCUUUCCUCCCCUGUCUGCUGGGCCCCUCCUAAUCCAGGAGGCGAGAGGAGCCAUUGCAGCCCCAGGGAUUGGCCAGGCACUUUGCAUUCUGGGGUCCAGAAGAGAGGUGUCAACUUCUCUUGAGAAGCUCUAGCUGCCUGUCUCUGAUUUGAGGUAAAUAUAUGCAAAUGAGCCUCUUGGGCCCUGAGCUGCCUACCUGCAGCGUGAGGUUGGCACCCUCAGACCAACAAGGCUUGGAGGAGCCUUCCCUGGCUUCCAGAGCCCCGCGGGCCAUCUGAGAAUUCCUCUUACCUUCCAGCCAGUGCCCCCAUGUCAUUGGUACCCUUGGCUCCUGCCAACUGAGCUAGCCUGGGAUUGCUUCUUUGAUGAACGCUUCCUAGUGGCCAGUGGCCUGCUUGGGUCUUGGAUGGGCUGGGUUUGAUGAAUGGUGGCCAAGCAGACAGUGCUCUACAGUAAAGCUUUGGGGUCACACUGGCCCAAGUUCAGACUUGGCUUAUCAAUUUCCUAUCAAGGGACUUUGAGGUCAAUUUCCUACCUCUUAGGGGUUGUUAUCAGCGGCAAAUGCUGAGGCCAACACCUCUUGGUCAGGGUGACGACUCCUCCCAGACACCCCCUUUUCUGGAGUUUGGCUCCUUCCCUGCUGCCAGCCCUUCAAUUCUCACAUAGCGGAAUGGACGAGAAGGGCAUGUCUGGCUGGAGUGGGCUAAUCAGGUUCUCUCUUGCUCUCCCUGGAAUGGGCAGCAGGAUUCAGAGGUGCUGUUAGGCUCUGCAGGCCACUUCCCUGAGCACACAGCAGCUCUAGCGCUCUGAGUACCUCGGUGUGUAAAUGUCUGUCUGCGUGUGUGAUGGGGCGGGUGGCUGCCUGUGUGAGUGCAAUGGGAAAAUAACUGCUCAGAGAGGGGAUGAGGACGCCCGGUGCAGAGAGAAGAGACACCACAGGAGUCUGGACUAAGAAGGGCUGUUGGGGACGUGCUAACCCUCCUCCUCAGGGCCAGCCCUUCUCAGGGGCGCCUCUGUGUGCCCUCCUUCCGGUCCCUGAGAGUUCCUUGAAGACACCAUCUCUCGUUUGCCGACGCUGAUUUGAGCGGCGCUCUGUGAUUUGCAGCCCCAAAGACCUCUGGACGAGGUCCAUUGCUCAUGUGCCAAGCAGCACGCCCGGAGCCUCAGCCACUCUGGCACCCCCACCCUUGCGAGCUUUGCCAUGUCCUUGUACCACCCACGGUUCACUUAAUAAAUAUUUUAAUUUAAAUUGAA